GUUUCCCUGUGUAUCAUCAUAAAAAAGAAACUCGGUUUACUAAAUUUGCUAAGAUAACAGACCAUUCAUUACUGUAAAAAAAAAUUUUUCUCACAACAUUUAAUGGAAAUGGUGUGUUUAAUGGAAAUUUUUUCAAACGUUUAUAAAAUAACACAAAUCUGUAAUAGAAAUGCAGAACUAUCUUUGGCAACAUGACACGGUUGAGUUCAACUUUUUACGCAAUGUGGCAACUGCCACUGUGAGCGACGACAGCGAAGCUCACUAUGUUUUGGAACAGAGCCUGUGUGCAUGCGUUUUUGUGUGUAUGCAGGAGGGCAGCGAGUACAUGCAGUACCUGAGGCAGAGCCAGCAUGAAAUUCUCAAAGAGGAAGAGAGGAGAUAUCGUUUCCUUGCUGAAAAACAUUGUGGACUUACACAGUCACUACUGUACCUUAUCAACAAGACGGGAGUAUCUCUCCAGCAGAGAGCAGAUGGUUGGAAAGAAAAAGUCAGUGAGAGCAGAAGUUCCAGACCUCGAACGCCCACUCCUUCAGAUCAAGAAGCUCAGUUAAAGAGCACUCUGGGCUCACUGCUGCAGACUGGAGAUCGAGAAAUUCAUCGUGAGCCGCUGGGCAGAGUGCCCUCUAGAGCCCCGUCUCCUCUCCCAAGUCGUUCUCGCUCCAGCUCUGUGGGCGAAUCUUUGGGUCUAGGCGGCGGCCGAUCAAUGAGGGCCAUUGUGUCCCAUCCUGCUUCAUCCAAUCCAGUCCUGCUGCCAUUUUCCCGUGGCGACAUCGUGACUGUGCUCAUACCAGAACCACGCAACGGUUGGUUGUAUGGACGCCAUGACUCAAGCCUUCGUCAAGGCUGGUUUCCUGCUGCCUACGUGGCACCCACCGAAGACUUUCUACCUUUGGGCUCUAGUAGCACAUCGCACCGAAGCCACAGCAUGAACAACCUCCUGGAACCAAUCAGCCAAUCGGAAUAUUCAGACACCCAGGGAUACAGUGAAAUCCCAUCUCCAGUGGUAUCUAUGCGUCGCGCGUCUGCUGAUCUUCGCCCAAUCUCUCCUCUCCCUGAAAAGAAGGCGGAGCCUAGCAACGAAAUUAAGACCAGCCAAAAAACCUACCAUGAGAUUCCGCCCCCAGCCGCACCGCUCCGUCGUGGAUCAGCUGAUUUUCGACCGAUAUCUCCCCUCCCGGACAGGAGGGCGGAGUCUCAUUUUGAGAGCAAAGUAGAGCACAAAAAUUAUAAUGAACUCCCGCCUCCAGCUCCGCCCCUACCACACUCUCCUUUGCCUGAGCGAAAGACUGAAUCAAACUUUGAGAGGCCAACCACUCACGGACAACCACCAGAGCACCCGCUUUUCCCCAGGUAUUACACUCCUGGAGUCUUUGAGAUGUCAUUUACAAUAGAAAACUGGUUAAUUAUUGAAACGAGUUUUGAUGGCAAGUAAUGCAAAUUUUAAAUAAACAAACUGUAUACGUCCGUAAAAUUAUUUCAGUAUAAUACUGAUUUAAAUAAAAUAUUGCAAUGUUAUUGUAAUAAUAUUACAGUAAUGACUGUUUAUUGAUUGUACUGCAAUCAAUCAUUAGAAUUUGGGACUUAAUUGUCUGGCUUUUUUUUCGGUUUUCUAGAGGAUCAAAUCCUUUUGCCACCGUGAAGCUCCGUCCCACCGUCACCAACGACAGAUCAGCCCCACGAAUCCACUGACAGUAACUACUGUGAAAACCAAACGUCACCUGCACUCUGACCGGUUCAGAGUCCAAUAAACGUCAAACUCGAUUUGUCAAUUUUAAUAUUAGAAUGAAAACUUGAUUUAAAUUAGUGUUUAAUUUGAAUGGCUGUGUCCAGCUGUAUAGUGUUACUUCCUCGGUGCAUUAUUUACAUUUUCUUUCAUUCGAAUUUAGUGACCUAAAUCAGGUUGUAUCAUGAGAAAUAGAAUUAGACAUUAUAAAAAAAGCAUCCUAAAAAAAGGCCAAAAGUUACAGAACAGCUUUAUGAUAACAAUCCAUGAGUUUUUACAUUUAAACACCGACAAUUAAAAAAGAGAGAGGGUUAAAGUAGCAUAAAAAACAAAAGUGGUUUGUGUUGUUUUAUGGUGUUAAGUCUGAUUUGUUUCUAUAUACUUGUGUCUGAAUGUUGUGUAUUUGACAGAUAUGUGUGAGCGUUUUUUUAAUAGGUUUAGUGCAAAAUUUUACAAAAGGUUUUUGUGUUUUAAGUAUUUAAGCACAAUUAUUUAUUACAAAACAUUUAUAUUUAUUGUGUGUGAUUGUGAUUGACAAAGUGUUCUGAUUGACAAAGUGAGCAUCAUUUAUUUUUUUUUAGGGCUGUCAAUUUCCUGCCUUAAUUUCCUCACUAAUUGACACAAAAAAUGCUGUUAAUCACAAUAUUUCUUGUGCAUAAAAUUCCCUAAAGCCACUGUUGUGCAUCGAUUUAAUCAUGGGAAUAUUUGCCCUAAUUUUAGAAAAUAAUAGCUUUUGUUUAAUUGUUAUUAUUAUUAUUAUUAUUAUUAUGUUUUUUUUAAUACUAAAAGAAUAAGAUACUAACACUCUGCACUAGAUUAGUAAAUGAAAUAAAUAAAAACUGCAGUAUUUUUCUCAACGCAUGGCUUUAUUUUAUCUCUCUUAAAUAUUUUUUUCUCUCAUUUCAUCUCAUCCUUCUCUUCAUGUAUUCAUCGUGUUCAGUGGCUCUAUCACAAGAGAGGAGCGAAAAAAGGGAAGGGAUGACAGAUGGAGCGGAAUAAGAAGAAGAAGAAAAGAGCAUUUUGAGGCAUAAACAGAGAAAUGUGCCAAAAUAAACAAAAAAGAAGAGAUGGGAGGUUAAAGCAGUACGGGAAUCUCCAGGUUUCUAUGAGAGACAUGGUUAGCUAACUAAAAUAUACAGAGUUUGUAU